CAUACUUUUCAUAUGUACCCAAUGCCAGUCUUAAUUCAGGUAAUUGAAUUAGUUGAAACCGCGACCCUCUUCAGGAAAUGCGGAGAAAAAGUGAGAGCAGAAGAGAAAUUACCUCAUAUUGACUUGUCAAAAACAAAGUACGCAGAUCACCGAGGACUGGGACGCCAGGGAAACCUGCGCAGCCGUCAUAUGACGAAGGCGGAAGUGUAGUGCACAGAACUGCACACGCAUGCGCCAUAUGGCCACACAUGUCAACCAGGUUCACCAGGACCAGGCUAGAACAUGGCGCGUAAACUCGAACGCUUCUGUAGUGAAGGAAAGGGCAAUGGUUUGCGUGCUGCCCUGCCAAUAAGAGCAGGAGAACAGAUAUUCACGGCUGACCCGUACGCGCACGUCGUUUCUAAGAAUGGGAUGGGAACUACGUGUGAAUAUUGUUUUUCACGGAGGAAGACGCUGUUGCGGUGCUCUCAGUGCAAGACUGCCUACUACUGCAAAGCAAGUUGCCAGAAAGGAGCCUGGCCUGAGCACAGGAGGGAGUGCAAAUGUCUCCAGAGCCUGUUUCCCCCCAAGAAAAUCGUCACAGACUCAGUUCGCCUGGUGGCACGAAUCAUCUUCAAAUUGUUGAAGCCCUCGUCCAGCCAGGCGGAGGAGCUGCGUUCUCUGACGGAGCUGGAGUCGCAUGUCGCCGACAUGAGUGAGCAGAAGGAGGAGGGUCUUGGGCUCCUCUCUGCCAUGCUUCAGAUCUAUCUGAAAGAGGAAGCCAUUGAUUUCUCUCAUAUGCCACCUGGCUUGGAUCUCCCCAGCCUCUAUGCCAAAGUCACCUGUAACAGCUUCACUAUCAGUGACGGAGAGCUGCAGGAAGUUGGUGUGGGUCUCUACCUCAGCAUGUCCCUGCUGAACCAUGACUGCAGGCCCAACUGUGUGAUGAUCUUUCAAGGAACCAAACUCUGUCUGCAAGCCAUCCAGGACAUCCCAGCCCUUGAGGAGCUCACCAUCAGCUACAUAGACACGCGGAUGCCCAGCGAGGAGAGGCGGCGACAGCUUUGGGAUCAGUACCACUUCCGAUGUCAGUGUCCCUGCUGCACCUCGGCGGACAAGGACGUAGACAUGCUGGCGGGAGAUAGGGGGGUCUGGAGGACCCAGCGAGAUGCCCUCCCCCGCAUUGAGGAGCUCCAGGACCAGCAGCAGUGGGAGCCAAUGCUGGAGCACUGCCAGGGUCUCUUAGACGGCAACGGUGACGCUGUCCCAGACAGUAACAUAUACGCGUUCAGGCUACUGGAACUGGCUCAGGACGCCUGCAUCAACUUGGGACAAUGGGAAAAGGCUUUAGUUUACGGCAGUAGGACCCUGCAGCCGUACAGGUUUUACUAUCCAUACCCCCACCCAGCCCUGGCAGUUCAGCUGAUGAGGGUUGGAAAACUGCAGCAGUACCUGGGGAGGCUGGAAGAGGCUUAUGGGACCCUAAAGCAGGCCUACGACGUCAUGAAGGUGACCCACGGCUGUGAGCACAGCCUAACCUGUGAGCUCAGCGGAAUCCUGCAGCAGUGUCAGGCUGAGAUGAGCAGUGUCUAGCGGAGCCGAGCUGACGGAAUAUUCCGGAUCGGUCUUUCCGGGGUAAUUUCACUGCAGCACUAUGGGGAGUCCACAUGUGAUGUUCUGAGUGUUUUCGAUUAACCGGCAUGACGGCCGAGUGCAUCGAUCAUCGUGACGAGCUUUUAUGUUUCGAAAGACGGAUACCUGAGUGGCCUCAUUUGUCAUAUUCUGUAUUUUUUAGUUGACAAAAACAUUAGACGCAAGUACUUCUCUCUGACAAAAUCUGCAAUAGAAUCUCUUAUUUUACAUUUAGUCUGGAAUAAAACUAUUGAAGUAAA